AUGAAGCCUGGCGAGACUCUCCGAGUGACCUUGGUGAACAACUUAGACGCCGCCAACAAUAUCGGCUGCGAUGUCACCGAGACCGAGUUCUGCAAAGCCGCUACCACGAACUUCCACACGCAUGGCUUGCACGUGUCUCCCAAGGGCUCGGACGAGCUGACGUAUGCCAGUGACGACGUGUUUGCUACGGUGAGCCCUGGCAGCUCGAAGCAGUACGAGUUCAGCAUCCCCAGCUACCACAUGGGCGGCACACACUGGUACCACCCGCACCUCCAUCACGCCACCUCUCUUCAGGCCGGCGGCGGCGCAGCUGGUGUGCUCAUCGUGGACGACCCCGUUGGCUACUUGCCAGAUGUGUACAGCAGCAUGGUCGAGAAGGUCCUCUUCAUUUCGGGCCACAACUUAGUCACGCUGCAGGGCAUAGCCCAGGACGCACAGUCCAGCGUCCUGGAAAACGCGCAGAGCUUGGCAGAUGCUGCCGGCCUCGACACGAACGUUUUUCUCGUGAACGGCCAGCUCGGGCGGACCAUGACCAUCGGCUCGCACGUGUGGCACCGCUUGCGCAUGAUCUACGCCGCAGUAGAGCAGUCGCUCACCGUUACCGUGGUAGGAGACGCCACUUGUGAGUUGCAGCUUCUUGCCAAGGAUGGCAUCUACCUUAACGAAAUCCCGAGAGCAGUCAAUGCUGUAUACCUCUAUCCUGGUUCUCGGGCAGACGUUGCAAUGUCGUGCACGUGCACGGCCUAUCCUUGCACCACAGAGCUGCGCUCCCAGGCUGCGCGCAGGCUUCAGCCACCCGGGCAGGGGCAGGGCCAAGGUGGCCAGGGGCCCACCGAUGUUGGCCUGGAUGUGGCAGACGUGACUCUCCUCACCGUCUCCGUCACGGAGACGGCUGGCGGUGUGGUCAGGACGCUCCCGACCACCGCACUGGACCGCCCGUGCUACCUCGCGGACUUGCGGCAGGCUGCCGUGCCGAGUGGGCAGUCGGGCGCCUUGGCCUUCAACGGCGGCGCCAUGGCUGUGACCUGGGACGGGAUCGGCGACAGCAUGAACUACGCGAACAUCGAAGCUGUGGGGGGCAUGGGCGUCUGGCCGGCGCUGACGAGCUUCAGAACUGGCAGCGUGUACGAGAUAGCAGCCAAUGGGGUAGGCAACCACCCGCUUCAUUCUCACGUGCACCCGUUCCAGAUCCAAGACAUGGAUGGGUCGGCCUCCCUCGACGAUGGCUACUUCCAGGCAGGAGACUGGCACGACACGCUCUACAUCGCCAGCCUGGGAGGAGGGGCCGACGUGGACGUGACCGUCCGGAUGAACACCGACAGCUUCACCGGCAAAAUGGUCAUCCACUGCCACAUCCUCUCCCACGAGGACCAGGGGAUGAUGGGCUACAUCUCCAUCUCCCUCACUGGCACGGAGGGCGCCGCCUUCGCAGAUGCCAAGGGCACUCUCGAUCCCAACUGCUACGACGCUGCCUUCGCCGGCGCCCCGCCCGCUCCGACGCCUACGCCGCCACCGACCUCGGCGCCGACGCCAGAGCCCACCCUGCCGCCGCCGACGUCCGCGCCCACGCCCGCGCCGCCGCCCCCGUCGGCCGCACCCACCUCGGCACCGGCGCCGACGCCCGCCCCGACGCCCGCGCCGCCCCCGACGCCGGCGCCGACGUCGACGCCAGUGCCCACGGCUGCCCCGACGCCCGCGCCGCCCCCGACGCCGAUCACGCACACGAGCACGGACACGAGCACCGUGUCGGAGACGACCACGGCCACAGGCACGAACACGACGGCCACCUCGGAGACGAUGACCGUCACGACCACGACGAGCACCACGAGCACGAGCACCACCACGAGCAGCACCACGCGCACCACGACCACCACGACCUCUACGACCAGCAUGUCCAUUCAGAUGCCCAGCAGGACGAGAGGUUGCGACGAGUUCACGAUGACCGCGAACUUCCCGUCAGUUGCGGACACCAUACAGUGGUCGUGCUACCCAGAGACCAGUCCAAUAUGCGAGGAGAUUCUGGCAGUGGCCGCGGCCGCUCCCGCACCAGAGCCACCGGUCGUCACACUGACGCUCCCUGCCGAAACCGUCCAGAGGGCCACCGACAUGGUAACAGGCGACGUGCUCGAGUUCGAGAUAUCGAUACAUGCGCAGGCGAACGCGACUGACAAUCUCACGAACAUGUCCACCCUUGUGUCCGACGCGCAAGGCUCCUUCAUUUUUGACACCACGGGGCGAAUGACCAUAGAUUUGGUUCCGCCACAGCGGACAGAGUACGUCGAACACGAGCCGUUCGUCGAAUUCAGCGCAAGCUUCAGUCAGUGUGGUAACAUCAGCCAUGUAGAGGGCACGUGCAACCCAACGCACUGUGCCAGCGGCCUCACAUGUCAAGAUUCACCUGGGACGUGCUGCGAGGAGGGUGACUGGAAUUGCUGCGGCGGGGAGGAUCCUGACGAAUUGUAUUUCUUUAAUUGGCCGAAGUUCGCCAACCGCCUCUAUUGUCCUGUCGGCUCCCUGUGGCCAGUCAUGUGCAACUGGGGCGUGUGCGCUCUCGACGAUCAUAACUGCGACACGGAGUAUGGAGGCGUCAAGAUGUUUGGGGACGUGUGCAGAAUUCAGGUAUUCUGGCGGCUCCUCCCAGAUGAGAACCACACCGGGAGCACGACUUGGACAGAGUCCGUCGCGGCGGAGGCGAACUCGUCACACCCGCACGUGCUGAUGCCCAUCAGAGAGCUGCCGUGCCCCGGCUCCUACGAGCUCAGGGCCCGGGUGCCGAACGGUGGAGAGGGCCUGGUGCUGGAGAUCGGGCUCACCGUCCACAUCCUGGAGAGUCCGUACCCCGUGGCUGCACUCAGGGCCCCCCCGUCCGCCUCGGUCGGGUGCCCCAUCGUCUUGAAUGCCUCGGACUCCCGCCCCUCACCCGCGACCCCAUCGAGUCCGAGAUCGGCCUCAACCUGA